CAAUAAACCCUCCAAAAUAUUACAACGACCUGAGACGGGUAGUUACUCAUUGUCAACCCCCACCCCACCCCACGUCCAGUCCAAGAAUUUGCAGCUCAUUCUGUUAGAAACUUUUGUUCUCAUAUUUUUGUGCUGGGAUUUCUCACUGUAUUCCCUUUAGAAUCAUUGUUUUUUCAAUAUGAAGAAGGAGAACGUCAGAAACCACCACCAGCAAACCGAGAGAAAUUGGGCUGAAAUAUUGUGUUUCGGUUGCGCGUGCCUACAGCUCUCGUGGCGGCGUGUGGUGGUGCGGAAGUGGUUCAACAUCGCCAACAGCAACUCCGAUUACUCUGCCGAUACCGACUCCGACUCCGAUUCGGACACAGAAAUUUGUGAUUGGUUGAGAGAGUCGCGGUUUAAGAAUGAAAAACCAGAUGGAGUUCAGGUUGAUGCUGAUGAUGCUCUUCCCAGGCUAAGACGACGAAAUUCAGAGACAUUUAGAGCUCAGUACAUUAACAAAAAGGAAAUCAGAAUAUGUGCUGCCACAUGGAAUGUUGGGGGAAGAGUUCCUCCUGAGGAUCUAGAUCUUGAUGGUUGGUUAGAUGUUGAUGAUCCUGCUGAUAUUUAUGUGAUUGGCUUGCAGGAGAUCAUACCAUUAAAUGCUGGCAAUAUAUUUGGAGCUGAAGAUAGCCGUCCAGUUUCAGUAUGGGAAAACAUAAUUCGUGAAAAUUUGAGCCAAGUUCCUCCAGCAACUAAGUUUAAAAGCUACAGUGAUCCUCCCUCUCCAUCAAGGUUUAAGCCAUCUGAAGAUGCCCCGGUCAUAGAAGAUGAAAUUUUACUUGAAUCUGACAGUGACAUUGAGGAGGAAAUCUACCCACUGAAUGAAGAAUCAAAUGGUUUUGGUGAUAUCAAGGAUGGACAGGUCAAAGGCGAAUAUUUUGUUUGUGCGGAUACAUCUUUCUCCAAUGACUAUCACAACUCAAGACCAGUAGAACAAGAUUUUCAGAGACAAUUCUCUUCUCCAAAAAAGCUGGCCAGAUUGAAUUGCUUAAGGACAGAUGAUGCUGAAGAAAAUGUGGAAGGCCCAAAUACCCAGCAUAUGAACAAAUUAACCAAGACGCUUAGUGGGACAGAAAGGAUAGGCUUAAGCUGGCCAGAGCCACCACUGCAUCUCUUACCUCAGCCUGUUACUGAGAGACCUAAUUCCUUUAAGUCCUUUAAAUCUUUCCAAGCUUCCAAAUCUUUCAAGACAUAUAGUUCUUUUAAAUAUAAUACGAUUACUGAAAAUAGAAUGCUAUCUGAUUUAGCUUCACUUGCGGAAGUUGACCUUGAAUCUCUAAUAAACCGGAAGAGAAGGCCCCCAUAUGUUAGGAUCGUAAGCAAACAAAUGGUUGGCAUCUUUAUUACCAUAUGGGUUCGCAGGAGCUUGCGGAGGCAUAUACAAAACUUGAACGUCUCCACUGUUGGUGUUGGUGUCAUGGGCUACAUAGGCAACAAGGGAUCAAUAUCAGUCAGCAUGUCGAUACAUCAGACACUCUUCUGUUUCGUUUGUACUCAUUUAACGUCGGGCGAGAAAGAGGCGGAUGCAAUCAAAAGAAAUGCGGAUGUGCAUGAAAUACACAGACGGACACGUUUUAAUUCACUUGCUGGAAUGGGGCUUCGUAAAAGCAUCUAUGACCAUGAGAGAAUAAUCUGGCUGGGUGACCUAAAUUAUCGAAUCAACUUACCUUACGAGCGGACAAGAGAACUGAUUUCCAAAAAGGAAUGGUCCAUGUUGGCUGAGCGGGAUCAGCUUAUAAAAGAGCUUAGAAAAGGCCGGGCAUUUGAUGGAUGGUCUGAAGGCACUUUGAGUUUCGCUCCAACUUACAAAUAUGAAUUGAACUCUGAGUCUUACUUUGGAGAGGAUCCGAGGGCUGGGAGGCGAACACCGGCAUGGUGUGACCGUGUUCUCUCCUAUGGGACAGGAAUGAGGUUGUUAAGCUAUAGGAGAUCUGAGCUUAAGCUAUCUGACCACCGCCCGGUCACUGCCUCGUACAUGGUUGAAGUUGAAGUAUUUUCACCUCGAAGAUUGCAACGGGCACUUACUUUUACUGAUGCUGAAAUUGAAGAACAGGAUAUUGUCACAGAAAUGGGGCUCGGUGGUGGAAUUGGCCGGUUGAGAUCGGGAGAGGAUGCUUCAUAUUGGGAGCGUUGAGGGAUUCGACUCACAAAAAUAUGCUGAGGAGGGUGUAAUGUAUUGGAAUUGGCUGUUACACAUCCAUUGUUUUCAUUCUUUAUGAUGGUUAGUUUGUAAAUGGGUUUUGGUGUGUGUAUAAAUGGUUUUCCGCAGUUAUAGUUUGUGAUGGGGUUGAGGUCUAGAGAAGUUAGUAUAGUGAAGUGGCCAUUGCUACUCUUUUUAGGUGGGAGAUACUGUCGGACUUAUGUAUUACUGUGUUUUUUUCUUCUUCUAUCUUUUCAUGUAUAGUCAACGAUCUUAUAUUACACAGUUUGAGGGGGUCCAACAUAUUUUUUCAUGUAAACUUUGUGUUGAAGAAGAAGUAUAUGAUCAUGGUAUUAUCGAUCUGGAAUUAUUACAUUUUUA